GUGGCUGCAAGCACUUCCGGGAGUCUCACAUGGGCUCCAGUUGGUGGGAGCGGGGUCUGGUUGUCUGGGGUGAUGGAGCCACCUAGGAAGGAAGCGUUAAACAAGCAGAUAAAAGAACAAAUUGUUCUCAUUGAUGAACUCUCCAACCUGAAGAAAAAUCGGAGAGUUUAUAAGCAGCAGCCCAAUAGCAAUAUAUUUUUUGCGGCAGAUCAAACACAGACUCUAAGUGAAUGUAAAUGUUCCCUUGAUGAGAUGAGAAAGGAAUACCAGGAAUUGGAAAAUACUGAGAAAAUGAAGAAGUAAUCAACAGCAGUGUCAAAAUACAUGCUAUUGAUUGAUAUGGAUGGAUAAAUUAAAAGCACAAAAUGUGUGGAAUUUGUUGUAUGUUAGUUUUAGUUCCCCAAGAUGUUCCUGUUAUUUUGGGAGAGGAAAUGCUCGAAAGCCUUCAACGGAGAGGUCCUAACUGCAGUCAACAAUUAUCCAAAGUGGUGCCUGAGCUAGGCUAUAAUUGUUGCUUUUCUGGUCACGUGCUGCACAUGAGAGGGUGCCUAAAUCCACAGCCCAUGCAGGAUGCUCAGGGAAAUCUCUUCCUUUGGAAUGGGGAGGUUUUUGGGGGUAUUGAAAUUAAACCUGAAGACAAUGACACUCAGAUUAUUCUUCAGCAUUUGUCUUCAUGUAACAGUGAAGAAGACAUUCUAUCUGUCUUUUCAUCUAUUCGAGGACCAUGGGCUUUUGUAUACUACCAACCAUCCACUCAUUGUUUGUGGUUUGGUCGAGACUAUUUUGGUCGCCGGAGUUUAUUAUGGCAGUUUAAAAAUCCGUGCCUUACUCUUGUAUCAGUGAGUGCUUCUCUCCCAAAAUGUGUAAGUGCCCCUUGGCAUGAGGUACCAGCAUGUGGACUUUAUAAAAUUGACCUACAAAAACAGCCCAAUGCCAGCUCACUGGCAAUAACAUGGUAUCCAUGGAAACAUAUGUCUACUGAAUAUGAAUCGGCUUCUCACCUAGAAGCUCAGUUCACUGAAGAACUUCCUGAUUUUGUUUCUGUGUUUUUGAAUGAAUCAAAGAAUUUCCUCGUAGCCCCCAUCAUUCCUAUGAAUUGCAGUAUUCCAGAUCCAUAUACAGAUAAAAAAUAUUCUGCAACAAAUUUGACAAAUGUUGACAUGUAUCUUUCAGAUGAACACAAGAAAAAAAUUGUUCAUCAAUUUAUUGAUAUUUUGAGUGAAUCUGUUAGACAACGAGUGCUUUUUUUACCAAGAAACCAAAAUCCAUCUGAUUGUGCAGCUCAUGUAAUAAAUUCUGAAAAAGCAAAAGUAGCAAUUCUUUUUUCUGGGGGUGUUGAUUCUAUGGUUCUUUCUGCCUUGGCUGACCGACAUGUCCCACCAGAUGAACCUAUUGACUUACUGAAUGUAGCCUUUGAGCAGCGAGAAAGGAAAAUGCAGAAGAUCUCAAAGAAAAAGCAGAGGCAAAGCAAUACUUCUGGUGCAUCAGAAGAGGAGACUUCAAAAAAUGGCAGUGGUGGUAUUGAAGAGAGCACUGCUUUUGACGUGCCUGACAGGAUCACUGGCCGCUCUGGUUUAAAAGAAUUGCAAAUUAUAAACCCUUCCAGACAUUGGAAUUUUAUAGAAAUCAAUAUCACAUUAGAAGAGCUGAAAGAAAUGAGACAGUACCGGAUUAGCCAUCUGGUACAACCCCUGGACACUGUUUUGGAUGACAGCAUUGGCUGUGCAGUAUGGUUUGCUGCAAGAGGCAUUGGUAUCAACACCAGUAAUGGAGAAGUCCAGCCGUACAUCAGCACUGCAAAGGUGGUGUUGACUGGGAUAGGUGCUGAUGAACAACUUGCAGGUUAUUCCCGUCACCGCAUCCGCUACAAAACAUCAGGAUUUGUAGGCCUGGUCAAAGAACUGGAGAUGGAACUUGGUCGCAUCUCCUCGCGUAACCUUGGAAGAGAUGACAGAGUCAUCGGUGACCACGGAAAAGAAGCAAGGUUUCCAUUUUUGGAUGAAGCUGUUGUUUCUUUUCUAAACUCGCUUCCUGUGUGUGAUAAAGCAGAUUUGACUCUGCCUCGUGGGAUUGGCGAAAAGCUACUUUUACGAAUGGCUGCAAAAGAAUUGGGUCUCUCAGCAUCUGCUAUUCUACCAAAGAGAGCAAUGCAGUUUGGGUCUAGAAUCUCAAAGAUGGAAAACCAUAAAGAAAAGGCCUCUGACAAAUGUAGCAGAUUAUUGCAAAACAUGGUAGAUUAGUUGUCUUUGUUGUUUAACGUAAAAGUUUUAGGGAAGGUAAAGAGCUACAAUAAUUACAAUAUUUAAUUAUUCCAUUAAUUCAAAACAACAACAAAAAUUGGAGCAGUAGUUACUUUUGCUCGAGACUCCCAUAUAGUAUAUAAUUAUGCAGUUUAAACAGGUGAUGAGACAUUCUGGAAUACUUAAUUGUUGAAAAAAGAGUUAUAGUUGCAUUUUUAUGUUUCAUUAAUUUUUCUUUCUCCAGUCAAGCAACCAGAAAAUAUUAACUGCCCUCUAAAAUAGCUACUUCAAACCAAUUUUGACAAAAAGUAAUUAAAUGUGCUAAGGUUAACUUUAUGGCUAUCUAAGGAAAUCAAUUAGUCUUACAUUACAAUAAUUAAUGUAAUAUCUGUACCUUUAAUUUGUGCCUUUAAUCUGUACAUUUAAUUUGUGUAACUGGGAAGUCUAGCACUUAGUUUUAAGAUAUGGUCAAGGUACUUCAACAUUUUAAUACAUUAGUGACACGGAUAUCCCACUGAACUCCCAGUAGAACUUGAAUAUAAUUUUGGUAUCACUAUUGAAAGCAGGCAAUGUUAUCUUCUAACAUUAACAUUAAACAGUUUCAUAUUUCCACUGUUUAACAGUACUGAAGAUAUUUCCUGGUACGCAAUUUGUGCUGGGAAAUAAAUGAAGGUAAGAUUAUCAGCAUUUACUGUUCUAACUAGUGUGGCAAAUAGUGUUAAACUACUGAAUUUAUUUUACAGCUAUCAACUAGUUUGCUUAACAGUAUCAAUACAAAUACUAAUUUACAAAACUAGCCGUGCAUGAAAUGUUGGUUCAGAUAUUGCAGUGGUGUUUGCCAUUAUUACACUGUGAAACUGACAAACUGGUAUUUUUGCACAUGCAUACUUUAAUGCAGAAAUACCAAAUUAGUUGUCGUAAUUCAGCAUGCCUUCACAGGCCACACUCUUUGCAACUUUCAUUGAAGUGAGCUAAAACCAAUACCUGUGACAUGAAUUUAAGCUCCUUAUGAACAUAUCCCACUGUAACAUAUCUGAAAAUCUUAUGUUUAGUUACAUGAAGUCUGAGUGAAUUUUAGUGGAAUACCGAUUGUUUUAAACUGCUGUUUAGCAAACCAUUGAACCCUAAAAAUAGAUUUUCUUUUGUGUAUUGUUAAUUUCCUGAAAUGUUUCACAUGCACAAUUUAAAAUUAAAAUAUUUAUUUUAGCUUCUGUUUUAAAUGAGUGUCUGUUUCUGUUUAUAUGUACCUGAAACUUUCUGAUCUCCUGUCCAUGAGAAUUAUUUAAUGAAAUUGGUUACUCAGCCAGCUCAAUAUCACAGCUGCCUGGUCCUGAAGUUCAAUAAAGCUAAUGCCAGCAGCAGGCAUUGGAGUACAGGAAGUUUUUGUCUCAGAGAUUGCUGGAUCGCUGUAGAGUUUUUUUUCUGAGAUCUAUGACAAGUAUUAUCACAUUGCUGAUUGUAAUUUCUGACCAGUAAAGAUGAAAUUAGGUUGUAAGUCUGUGCAACAAUUCAUGCAGCAUUUUCCUUUCUUCACAUAAUUCAUAGCUUCCACAAAAUAGGAUCCAGUACAUUUAAUAGUAGUGAUUCCAUGAAGCUGUGUUCAGAGAAGGUGAACCAGAGAUGGAGAUACAAGAUUGUAACCUCCACCUUUCAAGUUCUUAAUCCAUCAAAAAAUGAAAAUGCUGUGACUAUGGAAUCUCUUCUGUAUGUCAUUUCAGAAUAAGGUAGAAUAUUUGAGUAGGGUGCUUAGAUAUAAGAAAAGCAUUUUCAGUAGUCGGGGUUUUAUAUCUGGUAGUUUAAAAAAAACUGUAGGUAAUAUGGUGUCAAUAGCACA